AGAGGAGGGGCAAAUUGGUAAUAGAAAAAGAUUCAAAAAAUCCCGGUAACGUUCCAGCGCGAGUACAGCGGGACCAAGUACACCUCCGAGCUCCAUGCCGCCAUUCGGUUUUUCAGAAUGCAUGUCACUCCGCAAAAUGUUGAUCAUCAAAUCGCAAGCAAAUUCAAACCCUAACGCCGUCUUCUUCUGUUCCAAAAUUUACUUCCACCGAAUCCAAACUCACCACCUGAGGUACAUACACGUAGUCUAAAUUCAGGAGGAUCGACAAGGCAAAAAGAUGGCCACUCUUCAAGAUAUUUGUGUUUCUGCAGCUAUAAAUUUAUUGUCUGCAUUUGGAUUCCUUGUGGCUUUUGCCAUAUUGCGACUCCAACCAAUCAAUGAUAGAGUGUACUUCCCCAAAUGGUAUCUUAAAGGGCUUAGAGGAAGCCCAACACGCUCUGGAGCAAUGGUGGGAAAUUUUGUUAAUUUGGACUGGAAAACGUAUAUAAAAUUCUUAAAUUGGAUGCCAGCAGCAUUGAGUAUGCCCGAACCUGAGCUUACUGAUCAUGCAGGGCUUGAUUCUGCUGUUUAUAUCCGGAUUUACCUACUUGGCUUGAAAAUAUUCGUCCCCAUAACAUUCCUUGCUCUUGUUGUUUUGGUUCCCGUUAAUUGGAGUGGGAAUACAUUGGACGGGAUUAAGGAUUUAACGUUCAGCAAUAUUGACAGGCUUUCAAUCUCAAAUGUUCAACCAGGAUCAAAUAGGUUUUGGGUUCAUUUAGCAAUGUCAUAUGUCUUCUCAUUUUGGACAUGUUAUGCAUUAUACCAUGAGUAUAAGACGAUUGCUUCUAUGAGACUUCGAUAUUUAGCAUCUGAAAAGCGUCGUCCAGAUCAAUUUACGGUUCUUGUAAUGAACAUUCCCCCAGAUCCAGAUGAAUCAAUCAGUGAGCAUGUUGAACAUUUCUUUUGUGUCAAUCAUCCCGAUCAUUAUCUAAUGCAUCAAGUUGUAUACAAUGCGAAUAAACUUGCAAAGGUGGUUGCAAAGAAGAAGAGUUUGCAAAAUUGGCUUGUCUACUAUCAAAAUAAGCAUGAGAGAAAUCCUACAAACAGGCCUAUUACAAAGACAGGUUUCUAUGGCCUCUUGGGGAAGGAGGUGGAUGCAAUUGAUUAUUAUACUGCGGAGCUUGAGAAAUUGUCCCAACAAGAAGAGGAAGAAAGAGAAAAAGUAAUAAGUGAUCCCAAUGCUGUAGUGCCAGCAGCGUUUGUUUCAUUUAAAACGCGAUGGGGAGCAGCAAUUUGUGCUCAAACUCAGCAAUCAAAUAAUCCUACAAUCUGGUUGACAGAGUGGGCUCCUGAGCCACGUGACGUCUUUUGGGAUAAUCUUUCAAUUCCAUAUGUUUCACUAGCAGUGCGAAGACUUCUUAUUGCUGUUUCUGUUUUUUUCCUCAUUUUCUUCUUUAUGAUUCCAAUAGCCUUUGUUCAAUCUAUGGCCAAUAUUGAGGGAAUUGAGAAAAAUGUUCGUUUCUUGAAGCCAAUAAUAGAAAAGAAGGUUAUCAAGUCUUUUAUCCAAGGAUUUCUUCCGGGUAUAGCAUUAAAGAUAUUCCUUAUUCUACUUCCAACACUCCUCAUGACUAUGUCAAAAAUAGAAGGCUUUACAUCAAUCUCAGCUCUGGAGAGGAAAUCAGCUCAGAAGUAUUAUUUUUUCAUACUUGUCAAUGUGUUUCUUGGAAGCAUUAUUGCGGGAACAGCAUUUCAGCAGCUUCACAAGUUUAUUCAUGAGUCCUCAGGACAAUUCACAAAAACCAUCGGUGUGUCCAUCCCAAUGAAAGCCACAUUCUUCAUCACUUAUAUAAUGGUUGAUGGUUGGGCUGGAAUUGCCGCAGAGAUUCUGAGAAUGGUUCCAUUAAUUAUUUUCCACCUUAAGAACACAUUUUUGGUUAAGACAGAACAAGAUAGAGAGCAGGCAAUGGAUCCUGGUAGUUUGGACUUUGCCACGUCAGAACCUAGGAUUCAGUUAUAUUUUCUGCUGGGACUUGUUUACUCUGUCGUAACACCUGUACUUCUUCCUUUUAUUGUGGUCUUCUUUGCUUUUGCCUACAUGAUUUUUCGCCAUCAGAUUAUCAAUGUUUAUGACCAGAAAUAUGAGAGUGCAGCAGCCUUCUGGCCAGAUGUGCAUCGCCGUUUAAUUAUUGGCUUGGUUAUAGCUCAAAUUCUUCUAAUGGGAUUGUUUAGCACAAAAGAUGUUAAAAAAUCAUCAAUAAUACUUGUUGUACAACCUAUUUUGACAAUCUGGUUCUUUAUAUUCUGUAAGGGGCGUUUCGAAUCAGCAUUCAAGAAGCUUUCGCUACAGGAUGCAAUGGUAAAGGAUACACUUGAACGAGCUACAGAGCCAAACCUGGAUCUGAGAGCCUAUCUCAAGGAUGUUUAUGUACAUCCGGUGUUCAAGGAUGGACAGAUGGAAAGACCCGUGGUCAUUGAUGAAGAAGAGAGCAAUCCGCUAGUGCCCACAAAGAGGAACUCUAAUCGGGAUAGUGAAGCCAGCUCAGAAGCUGGUGCUUCCAAGACUUAGAACUGCCAUUGCAUUUUGCAUCAACCUGUUGAUUCAAUGUUUCCUACUCAUUCUCUGUAUUUUUAUAGUUUUUUUUUUUUUUUUUUCUGUUUAAUAUAGGGAAAAAAAUAUACAUGUAAGACAGUAACUGCUAUCCUCCUACUCAAAUGUACAUGUAGUUUUGUUUUUGCUUGCAUUUAUA